AUGGCCGCGAUGCAGCCACAGCAAGAGAUUUUCGAGCGUGAGCAGUACUUCUGGUAUCAUGACGGAAACGAGCACAUCGAGAGCUGGCUGUCCACCAACAGUCAGGACUAUCCUGACAUCUAUGCCACUUACAUCAACGACGCCAACGCAGUCGUCUACAGAAAGCGCGUAGGCAAACCAACGGAGUACGACCAACGCAUGCUUACAUUCCUCGAACAAUAUCCUAUGACCCACGCCAAUAUUAACUGGAGCGGCGUUGGCCCUCACAAGACUGGAAUGAUUGAUGUCCUCACCUACAACAACGACCCUCAGAUCCUGGCCCAGGCCAGAGAUCUGCUCUACAAGCACGUCUUCGACGUCGGUCAUCGCCACCAGCACUGGGUUUGGCGUGGCGAAAAUGGCCUCCUCAACCGCAACGAAGUAGAGCCGCUUUCCAAGAAACAGAAGAGUCACCUGAAAUCGAAGGCACGCUGGGACAGGAUGGAUGAGAUGAACGCUCGUCUGAGAGCCCGUGGUAUAACCGCCGACACUAUCGACCCCGCCCUUUUCGCUGAAGGUCCAGGUGGAGUCAACUCAAGAAGAUAUAUUGAGCGGCUCAUGCUUGAUCUCGAAGUCGGCAAGAACGAAGAGAACCAGUCCAAAAAGGCAGACAACGAUACCGAGAUGGAGUGA